AUGGAAAAUAGGAACAACGUCACUGAAUUUGUUCUUCUAGGCCUGUCUAGUGAUAGAAAUUUGCAGAUAUUCUUUGCUGGGCUGUUCCUCUCCUGUUACAUUACAAUCCUCAUAGGGAAUCUCGUCAUCCUCAUCACUGUCAGAGGCAGUUCCCUCAUCAAACAGCCCAUGUAUUUCUUCCUCUGCCACUUGUCCCUCACGGAUGUCUGCUACACUUCCACGGUGACUCCCAAACUGGUCAGAGACUUGCUGUCUGAGAAGAAAACCAUUACCUUCAGCCACUGCAUGAUGCAACUCUUCACAUUGCACUUAUUUGGUGUGCUCGAGACCUUCAUUCUCGUGGGGAUGGCCUAUGAUCGCUAUGUUGCCAUCUGCAAACCCUUACACUAUAUGGUCAUCAUGAACAAGCAGCGAUGUGUCACAGUGGUUGCAGUGUGCUGGGGAGUAGCAUUUCUCCAUUCCAUGAACCAGUGGCUCCUUGUCAUUUUUUUGCCAUUCUGUGGCCCUAAUAAGAUUGAUCACUACUUGUGUGAUGUUUACCCUCUCCUGGAACUGGCUUGCUCCGAUACUUACAUGACUGGAUUUCUAGUACUCACCAGUUCAGGAGCUAUUGUGUUGGUUACCUUUGCAGUCUUGGUCUUCUCUUACAUCAACAUUUUAGCCAGCCUGAGGACCCACUCUUCGGAAGGACAUCGCAAAGCCCUCUCCACCUGCACUUCCCACAUCACUGUGGUGGCAUUGUUUUUCUUGCCCUGCAUGUUUAUUUACCUCCGGCCAGCCCAGACCUUCCCAGAGGAUAAGGUGUUUACUCUGUUUUAUACCAUCAUCGCCCCCAUGUUCAACCCUCUCAUCUACACGUUGAGGAACAGAGAGAUGAAAACAGUCAUGAGAAAGAUGUGGUGUUGGAAGCCACUAUUUCCUGAGUAUCAACUGCAUGCAGAGCACAAACCUAAACCCUUGAAGGAGUAUAAUAUGGAUAAAAGACAUGAUCCCUGGGCUCAAGAAACUUACAAUCAUUUGGCACUCAGACAUAGGUGGGUGAGGUUGCAUGACUCAGACAGCCCGAAGGAAAUACAUUUGACUCUCGGGAAACCAGAGAUGACUCAAGAUUCAGAAUCUCCAGUUUUUUGGAAACUGCCUCCAUCCGAUGUGAAGGUUGGAUUUCCACUGAGACUUGAGACCUGUCCUGAUGCAGCUCUGAAAAGCCGUUGGUUUCCUGUGACUGGACAUAAAGAUCCAAGCACACAAAAAUGCAUCACUGUGGGAAGGCUAACAAAAGGGUUGGAAAAUAGGAACAACGUCAAUGAAUGUGUUCUUUUAGGUCUGUCUAGUGAUAGAAAUUUGCAGAUGUUCUUCGUUAGGCUGUUCCUCUCCUGCUACAUUGCAAUCCUCGUAGGGAAUCUCGUCAUCCUCAUCACUGUCAGAGUCCUCACCAAUACAGGGACAGUUGUGUCGGUUUCUUUUGCAAUCUUGGUCUUCUCUUAUGUCACCAUUUUAGCCAGCCUGAGGACCCAUUCUUUGGAAGGAUGUCACAAAGUCCUCUCCACCUGA